UGUACAUAUUUAAUCUCACAUUUUAUUACCAGUAUUCUUGUAAUCAAAUAUCUCUAUUAAUGUACGCAGAGAAGUAGAUAACGUAGACAUACUGUAGCUUUAUUGCUUCACUUCGAAAGUCCUUUUGAAAAUCGCAAAUUUUAGUUUUUUUUCUUCCACUCCAGAUAGACAAACGGUGUAUGACUUUUGUUGUAGAGCAUUAGUCUGUGAACAAUCGUCGCCGUAUCGCCCCCACUAGUGGACAGCCAGUGUGGUAAAAUUAACAAAGGUCCCGUAACAAACGUAGUGUAAAAUACUUGUCAUAAUGUUAAGAGUGCCCAGCACACUUACCUACAGUGUCGCCAUCGGUGUUAGUAUAACACUCGUUCACUGGUGCUACCGGCAAUGGAAGAAUCGUAAACCAAAGCCUGAGAUAUGGCGUCGUAUUGGCACUUUGGACCAAAUCAACAUAUUUCCCAUAAACUAUUGUGCACCACUAAAAUUUGAUGCCGACGCUGAGGUCAAAUGCGAUAUGUUUGGCUUAAAAUUAAAUGGUUGUCGCGAUCGUGCACUUGUCAUAGUCAGCGAUGCAAAUGAGAUGAUCACCGAAGAAACUUAUCCACUUAUGGUGUUGAUUAACACAAGUGUGCGCCUGGUAUGGAGACGAUCACGUUGGAUAUGAGCAUUUUUAAAUCAGAAGUCGAACAAUUCGGGUUGAUGGUGCGAACCUCAUUAGCAAAGGUGUAUUUUGUUGGUGCAGAAUAUGGCAAAUGGUUAUCCAAGUUUCUUCUAAAUAAAGAUAGUGGCAUACGACUGAUCCAUUAUCCAAUAAAGAGACCUGUUAAGCCAAUUAAUUCACGUAUGCUUCGACCGCCUUAUAUUUCGAAAAAGGGUACCAAUAGUGACCCCAUCUGCCUGAUGCUUACAAAUUUAUCAUCAGCUGAGGAAAUAAGCGCUCGCCUACGACGAUCGCUAGAUCCGUUGAUGUUUUAUGGUAGUUUCCACCUGAAAAUGGACGUUCACCACCCCUUUACUGAGGAAUUUUCGAAGUGGGUAAAAAUUGGAGAUAAAGUAAUUUUUCGUGUGAUAACAGAUGAGAAGACAGCAAACCAUAAUCCCGAUGGCGAUCUCGCCAAUACGUUAAAGAAAAACUUUCUUAGCACAGCAUUUGUCGUUUACCUGGGCUUACGCGCCGUGGGAACUAUCGAGAAGGGCGCAGUGAUCUACGUUCCGGAUAACUGAAGAGAUUUAAUACAGCGAUAGUACACAAUAAUACUUAUAUUUAUUACAUUAUUUUAAAAGAUUUGCUUAUUGUACGAGUAUAACAAACUAACUCAAGAAACAAACUCUUAAACUGCAAGAAAGAUAGGAACGAUCUAGAUAAUAAUUACAGUGAUUAUAUAAAUAAUUAAAAUAAAAAAUAAUACUCAUUGGAAGUUAAAUUUAAUAUCGUUCAACUAAAAUUGCAACAUUGCACAGCUUCUGAAUAUUUUUUUUUUGGUAACGCUGGAAAAACUCUUGCUUUAUUUGUGUGGGCGUCUGCCGAGUAUUCCGGUACCGUUGAUCAAAUUGCAAUACUCGUCGCCUUCGCUCUUUUACUCUCACUUUAGCUUUAUUUAUUAAAUUUACUUUUUUUUUUCGCCGGUCAGGCAGCUGUUAUUGUACAUAUUUCAUCUAACGUUUUAUUGCCAGUAUUCUUAUGAACAAAUAUCGCUCUCUUUA